CGCAUUUCUCAGUUGACUCACGAUCGACAGCAGUCGCGCUGUAAAUACAGUAUUCUAUUGUUUGUUACGAGUGAUUAUAGACCCUUUUUUAUCUGGCGCUGUUAUCUAAUCUUGUAAUAUAAUUACUUGUGGAUUAUUUGUUAGUGAGACAGUGGCUCGACCCAAUUCGUGGCAGUGCUUAGGACACAGUGGUGGUUCUUUUUAUUAUUCCCGCGGGUUUUUAAUGUGAUUUAUAAUGAAUUUAUCGUUUGCCGGCUGUGGAUUCCUUGGUAUUUACCAUGUUGGUGUAGCUGUGUGUUUUAAGAAAUAUGCUCCUCACUUAUUGUUAGGGAAAAUUUCUGGUGCCUCUUUUGGCGCCUUGUCUGCAUGUUGUCUGCUCUGUGAGCUACCUAUAGGUGAAAUAACAAGCGAUGUCUUGCGAGUGGUCCGCGAGGCGAGGGCGGGGUCCCUGGGUCCUUUCAGCCCCUCGUUCAACAUACAGAACGUCCUCCUUGAGGGCAUGGAGAAAUACCUCCCCGCAGACGUCCACAAGAUAGUCAGCGGCAAGCUUCACAUAUCACUUACAAGAGUCUAUGAUGGCAAGAACGUCAUAGUUUCAGAAUUCCCGACAAGGGAAGACCUCUUGCAGGCGUUGCUGGCGUCCUGCUUUGUGCCAGUGUUCUCGGGCAUGCUGCCACCGAGGUUCCACGGCAUCCGCUACAUGGACGGCGGGUUCAGCGACAACCUGCCCGUGUUGGACGAGAACACCAUCACCGUCAGCCCGUUCUGCGGCGAGAGCGACAUCUGCCCCAGAGACUUGAGCUCGCAACUGUUUCACGUAAAUCUAGCAAACACAAGCAUAGAGUUGUCAAAACAGAACAUCAACCGUUUCGCUCGGAUUCUGUUCCCGCCAAAACCUGAAGUGUUGAGUAGUAUGUGCAAACAAGGGUUCGACGACGCGCUCCGAUUCCUGCACAGAAACAACCUGAUCUCGUGCACUAGGUGUCUUGCUGUGCAGACCACCUUCCAGCUUCAAGAUGUCUUGGACGACAAAACUUACGAAUACGACCCAGACUGCGAAGAAUGUAAAACUCAUAGACAGGAUGCCUUAGUCGACGACCUGCCCGACACAGUAAUGACAAUAUUCCAAAAUGCAAUCGACACGGCAAACAACGGACUAGUCAACUGGGUGAUGAGACAACGAGGCAUGCGAUACAUAUCGCUGCUGACGCUUCCUUACAGAGUGCCCAUAGACAUCAUGUAUGCUACAUUUACCAACUAUAUCGGUGAUAGAGUAGAGCAGCAUUCAGUGCAGUACGCAGUGGCUGGUAAUGUGGUGGUACUUAGGAAGAGGUGUUUGCGACACAACAACCUUAUGACUAGGUUCGUAACAUGCACACCGAAGAUGAGCAAGUCUGUAUGGAAGCUCAGCUUAAACCUUCUGCAACAACUGCACGGGUUCCUCUACUCGGCCCAGGACAGAUCUGAAGCCGCAGCCAAGAUCUACUACAAACUCACCAUGGAUGCCAAGAAGGAAGACGGCUAUCAUUUAGAUAGAAGGCGGGCGAGCGAGUUCCGAGUGUCGUACAACGACGUCAUCACGGAUUCGGACACUUUCGAACACAUCCUGAGCGUGACGUCACACAACGAUGCCCUACUUGCGUAUUACUAUCUCGACAGCGAUAAUAAGGUGAAAAUGACCGAGAUAUACGACGUGACUGACGCCGACACGGAGGCGGUGCAGUCGCCCAUGGAGCGUGAUGUCAACAAGCAGCUUGAGUUCGACAACGACUGGUCUGCAGAAUUCAUGGCCGACAAUGAUGAAAUUGACAUCGACGCAAUAGACGAGGACGAACUCGGAGACAGAAACAUAUUCUCCGACCCUGAGAGCGAGUGGGCGCAGGGCUCUGUGUCAGACCCUGAGAAUGACGACGUGCCAGAGUCAGAACGCCCCGCCAACGCUAGCUAUAAUAUUACCUAUGCCGAAUAACAUUUAGUAUAUUAUACAAUUUGAUACUACCUACGGUUUAUUAAAAAAAAAUCAGUAGUGCAGGUCAAAAUAUUGUGGCAAGAAAUUUGAGAAAAUAAACAAAAAGUCAGCAUGGUAUUCUGACAGCCUAGAGCUGAAUAAAACACUAAACAUAGUUACUAUAGUUACUCUGCAUGUGUCUUAAAUAUUGCGUGUACAAGUUAGUAACAAUGGUAACGCUAGCUUAUAUAUCCAGCUUUAUUACGAUAUUACAUUCCAAAGAAGUUUCUUGUUAUUAUUUUUAGCAGUUAUCAUUCAGAUAUCCCAACCAAAUUAAUGCUGAUUUGUGAUAAAAUAUUAUAUUUAAAUAAGUUGUUAAAGUCUGUGUAAACUUGUCAAGUUUCAUAACUUCCCAGUACGAUUAGUUAGCACAAAGUCCUGAUGCCAAUGCUAUUGAUUGGUAUGUUUAAAACCUAUUCCAAUGAACCCGACUAAGUCAUCAUGUUAUAAUAUUAACGCAAAGAAGUGUGCUCGAUACAGGGAGUUGAACUAUGACAUCUGUAUUUAGGAUGUUCUACAUAAGGGAAGGCUGGCGUUGACUAGAAUACGAGGUUGUCAAUCUUGGUCAUUGCGCCAGCUAAGUAAAUUAAGUUACCCGAUUAAUUGUAAGAAUUUAAGCCUGGCCAUAAAUUAUUUUCAAAUGGAUCAAGAAAUCAGAAGUAUAACUGAUAUAUACUAUUUUUCGUUAUUUUCCAAGUCAAAUAAGUUCCUUUUUGGCCAGGAUUUAACACUGUUAAAAAUAAGCAACCAUGAGUUAGGUACUUAAAACAAUAUUUUUAUUAUACGCGACUAAUUGAACUAUUAAGUCAAAAUGUGAUAUCCUAAAGCUAUUCUUAAUAGUGGUUUAAUGUGUAAAAAAAUCAUGUAUUGUUAAUGUAGAAAAAAUGUAGUUAAGUUGAUCCAAGCUCUAAAAGGUUUUUGAUUCAUUGACGGACUGAUAAAACCGGAUAUAAUUGCCGGUAUCUUAAGUCAGCCGUAGUUAUAAAUUGUGAAUUGGGUACCUAUUUGGUGCAACUGGAUGUUUAUAAAGCUCUCUUAACACACGAAGUUAGGAAAGAUUCAGCCUCGACACGACCUAAAUAAUCGUUACCAUUUCUUAAAGAUAUUAGAAUUAUAACGAAGUUAUUUUGGAGAAGGGUAAUUUUAUAAGUAUUGUUAUUUAAUGGUCUCUUAACGGUUUUAGUGAGUACUCAGUUUUUUUAUAAAAUGUCACAAAAAUCUUUUUAAAUAAAUAUUAAAAGUGA